AUGGCCAAAACUCUGCAGAAGAGCUACUUCGAUGUGCUGGGGAUAUGCUGUUCUUCCGAGGUGCCGAUGAUCGAAAACAUCCUCAAACCCCUCGCCGGCGUUACGGAUGUUUCGGUCAUCGUCCCGACCAGGACCGUCAUCGUCGUCCACGAUGCUCAAGUCGUUUCCGACCUCGAUAUUGUGAAGGCGCUGAACCGGGCGAGGCUGCAGGCGAAUGUUCGAGUGGACGGAAAAGGGAGCUCGGAGAAGCACUGGCCGAGUCCGUACGCCAUGGGGAGUGGGAUUUUGCUGCUGCUGUCGUUUGUUCAGUUUGCUUAUCGGCCGUUUCGAUGGGUGGCGCUGGGAGCCGUCGCCGUCGGGAUUGUGCCGGUGCUGUUGAAGUGUGUGGUUUCGGUUAGGAGUCUGAGGAUCGACACCAAUAUCCUCGUCCUCAUUGCAGUGGCUGGAACUGUUGGUAUGGGUGAUUAUAUAGAAGCUGGAACCAUCGUGUUUCUUUUCACCAUCGCGGAGUGGCUGGAAUCAAGGGCCAGCCACAAGGCCAAAGCGGCGAUGUCUGUCCUCAUGAGCAUGGCUCCUCAGAAGGCCGUCAUAGCCGAAACAGGGGAAGAGGUCGAAGUAGACAAAGUAGAACUGAACACAAUUUUGGCGGUCAAGGCCGGAGAAACCAUACCCAUCGAUGGAAUUGUCGUGAACGGAAAAUGCGAGGUGGAUGAAAAGACUCUAACCGGCGAGUCAUUUCCAGUUUCCAAGCAAACUGAUUCAACCGUCUGGGCUGGCACUAUUAAUCUAAAUGGGUACAUCUGCAUCAAGACCACAUCGAAAGCUGAAGAUUGUGUGGUGGCCAAAAUGGCGAAACUCGUCGAAGCAGCUCAAAACAGCAAGUCCCAAACCCAGAGGUUUAUAGACAGAUGUGCCAAAUACUACACCCCUGCGGUUAUAAUCAUAUCAGCAGCCAUUGCAUUGUUACCACUGGCAUUUCAAGUCCACGACAAGAGCCGUUGGUUUCGGCUAGCACUGGUGGUUCUGGUGAGCGCAUGUCCCUGCGCCCUGAUCCUCUCGACUCCCGUCGCCACCUACUGUGCCCUCACGAGGGCAGCCACUGCCGGAGUGCUGAUCAAAGGCGGCGAUCACCUGGAAACGCUUGCCAAGAUCAAGAUCAUGGCCUUCGACAAGACCGGCACCAUUACAACGGGCGAGUUCACGGUGUCCGACUUCCACUGCCUGCAGCAGCACGACGUGAACCCGAGAGAGCUUGCUUACUGGGUGUCCAGCAUCGAGAGCAAGUCCAGCCACCCAAUGGCGGUGGCACUGGUCGAAUACAGCAGGUCGAUUGGUAUCGAGCCGAGCCCUGACAAUGUAGUGGAUUUUCAGAACUUCCCUGGGGAAGGAAUCCAUGGGAAGAUCGACGGCAGGGCGAUUUACAUAGGGAACAAGAGGAUUGCUGCAAGAGCUGGCUGUAAAACAGUUCCUGCAGUGGAAGAGGACUCCAACACCGGGAAGACUAUUGGAUAUGUGUAUGCUGGAUCAACCCUCGUCGGAAAAUUCAGCCUUUCUGAUACCUGUAGGACUGGCGCGGCUGAGGCGCUCAAAGAUCUAAGCUCAAUGGGGAUCAAAUCUGCCAUGCUAACCGGAGAUCGUCAGGCUGCAGCGUGGCAUGUAGAAAAACAGCUAGGAAAUGCAUUCCAUGCUGUGAGGGCAGAGCUGCUGCCGGAGGACAAGGCGACGAUCAUCAAGGAAUUCAAAGCUGAAGGGCCAACCGCGAUGAUUGGGGACGGUCUUAAUGAUGCCCCUGCACUGGCUACCGCAGAUGUUGGAAUCUCCAUGGGGAUAUCGGGAUCUGCUCUUGCCACAGAGACGGGACACGUGAUCCUGAUGUCCAACGACAUCCGUAAAGUUCCUGAAGCCAUUCGGCUUGCCAGAAAAUGUUACCGCAAAGUCAUCGAGAACACCGUGAUGUCGAUGUCUACCAAGGCAGCUGUGCUCGUCUUUGCGGUUGCCAUGCACCCGCUCGUUUGGCUUGCUGUAUUGGCUGACGUGGGCACCUGCUUGUUGGUGAUCUUGAACAGCAUGUUACUCCUGCAUGGCGCCACUUCCCAACAAAAAAGUGGUAAGUGCUGUGAUGGUCACAACCACAGCCAUGACCAUCAGGACUCAAAGUCUCAUGGUCAAUGUCAUGGCCACGACCAUGGAGCUCAUCACAGCCAUGGGCACGAUCAUCAUCCAUCCCACAGUCACAGCCACGGGCAUUCAGCUUGCAACCAUAGUCAUGGCCACGACCAUGGUCAUUCUUCACCUAAUCAUAACCACGACGGAGCCCACAAUCACAACCAUGCUCAUUCUUCUCAUGCCCACGGCCACGAUCAUUCAUGUCAGAGCCACGACCACAGUGGUCACAGCCACGGCCCAAAUGGCGCAGGUCAUAAGCAUAGUCACCAAAGCCAUGGACACAACCACACUCAUUCUCACGCCCAUGGUGGGCACUGUGGCUCAGGGCAUGCUGUGGAAAUGGUGAGCCAUCCAGUUGGGUUCGGAAGCUCAAUUAUUGGGAUGAGUGGGAGUAAAGAAGGGAAGCAUCCGAAUGAGCAUGAGAAGUACGACUCCAUCAAUCUUUGUGUACCGAAUGAUAAUCCGUUUGACCCUGAUGGUGAUACCCAUCAGCAUCAACAUGAUCAUCAUGGGCACAGUAAUCAUCAUCACCAUCAUCAGGGUGAUGGCCAUAGUCAGUGCAAAGGCCACACAGUCAUCGAUAUGCACGGAAAUGAAAGGCACGAGCACCAUUGA